GUUUGGGCACGCUGGAGGAGUUAGCAAUGUUAACUUUUGGUGAUGGCGUCGGGUAAGUGAAUUCACCAUAAUAGAGAUUUAACCGUAAUACAUUAUAAUUUCAAACAAUAAUUUAUAUUUUUAAAUAUUGGAAGUGUAGCAUUUAUCUAGUGAAAACAUUGGCUUACAAGCUUGCUGGCAUUGAAUGAGUUUUAUGAAGGAAUGAAAUAGCUGGCUAGCUAGCUAAUGUUGGCUAGUUUGUGCUAAUUGCUAGCUAGCUAGCAAUUAGUAAUGUUGGCCUACUACUAAUCACUGAUAUAAAAUGAAUGCAUGAGAAAAGGCAUAACAGUUAGUUAUUGUCAUAACAACAAUAGCCACCUGUCCUAGCUGUUAAGCGAACUUAUGUGUUUGUCUGCAGAGGAUGAAGUCAGUCUUCUGGUCAUUGUUGUGGAUGUCAAUCCCAUAUGGUGGGGCCAGCAAGCUAAUCGAGAACCUCAGGUAUUUAACAAUUAUUCUUUGUGCAAUUGUCUACAGAGCUAGCCUCUAACUUCUUCUUUGAAGUAGACUGAGAUAUGCAUGAUUAUGUUUCUCCUCCCUUAGUUCACCCUGUCCAAGUGUCUGGAUGCAGUCAUGGUGAUGGGUAACUCCCACCUGGUCAUGACUAGGACCAACAAGCUGGCCAUAAUUGCCAGCCAUUGUCAGGAAAGGUAAUCAAACGUGUCACUUGUUAGUAGAUACACAGAAUACUUCUAAUUGCUGGUUUCUGUCUGGUGAUUUUAUGUUCUAAUCUAAUUACAAAUCUCUCUCUUCCUCCCUUGUCGUCAUAUGCUGCAGUCAUUUUCUGUAUCCUUGUAAGCUCUGGAAAUCUGGAGAUGGUCAUGGGGACGACAAUGCAUCAACAAGUGGGGAUGGCAAGUAUGAGCUAUUGUCAGUUGCCAAUGAGCUCAUUGCAGAAGAGAUCAAGAAUCUCAUGUCAAGAAGUAAGUGCAGAAUAAUCUCCCUGUGCAUUGCCAAAAAAGAACAUAGUUAGCCAUGUUUGUUGUCAACUCCCUUUGUGCACUCUUAUAAUAUCCUCACUUUUGUUAUGUUUUUCAGCUGAAGUGAAGGGAAACCAGACAGACACACUAUUGGCGGGAUCACUUGCUAAAGCUCUCUGCUGUAUCCUUUCCAUGAAAAUGCUUAGUCAUUACAAUGCAUUUACAUUAGAACAACAGCAUCAUCACCAUCUUAUAGAAGAUAUUAAUCAAUUUCCCUGAAAUUAUUUUGGCCAAGGCUGCUCAUCAGAGUUCUCUGGAACCCUCUUCCUGACAGCUAAAGGUCCAAAGCUUCUGCGCAUGUGCGGGAUUCUCUUCUUUACACACAGUCUCUGCUCUACUCGUUCGGCUGCCCAGAGUACAGGCUACUCUUGCGAAUGGUGCUCAUUUAAUAAAGUUAGAUUAAAGCAGAAUCAAUGUCUGGAAGAUCACAUAAUGAUAGUAUUCAACAUAACAGAACCAAAUAUAAUAGCAUAGUAUAACAUUACGGUAAAAAAAAAGGAUGAUUGUGCGACUGGUUGCAUUUUUCUCUCAUGCGGCCAAAACCCAACAGCGUGCCACUAGGCCAAAUAUGUGCUUUGAUUGAAACUAAACACAGGAAUUCUACAGUUUGUUAACACCAUCUGUUCUACAUUUAGUCUUCAUACAUAAUUCAAAACAGCACUGUUAAUAACUCAAGAACAUCUAAAUAUAUAUCCCCAUGAAACUGAUUGACGUUUCACACAUAAAACAUUUAUUCAAUACGACCAUUCGCACAAUCAUCCUAAAAUAAAUGUGGUGUUUUUUUGUCUUACAGUAAAGUUAUGCUAUGCUAUUAUAUUCGGUUCUGUUGUGUAGAAUACUAUCAUUAUGUGAUCUUGCAGACAUUGAAUCAGCUUUAUUCCAACUUUAUUAAACAAGAACCAUUUGCAAGAGUAGCCUGUUCUCUGGGAUGCCGAAUGAGUAGAGCAGAAACUGCGUGAAGUAGAGAAUCACGCACAUGCAUAGAAGCUUCGGACCUUUAGUUGUCGGGAAGAAGGUUCCAGAGAACUUUGAUGCGCAGCCACUCUGAAUUAUUUUUAAAUGGCUGGUUUUCAUUGGUGUUUUGUCGAUUUGUAAAUUAUAAAUAAAAUCCACCACAUCAAAUUUGAACUGGAUGCUUGCUUGUAUGUUUCUUUUACUUUCAAUAUUCAGAUAUCCAUAGAGUCGCAAAGGAGCUGGAAGGUAUUCCGAGCAUUUCAGUUACUAGACUAAUAAAGUAUUUAUAAAUUCCAUCAGAUUUAAUCUGACAAUUUUGUAAUGGUCAUUAUACCAGUCAUGGUUUUCAGUCAUAUGUUUCCCUGCUUUUUUUCAGCCGGACAAGAAAUGAAGUCGAGGAUAUUGGUAAGACCUCACUUGAGUCAGUUUCACAAGGGUAGCCUACUCUUUUGAUGAAUGUGGUUUGAAUGUUUGUUUUGUGUCUUUGCGGAAUAGGUCAUUAAAGCAGCAGAAGACUGUGCCUUGCAAUACAUGAACUUCAUGAAUGUGAUCUUCGCCGCACAGAAGCAGGUAAAAUUACUUUCUUCUCAGCUUUCGCUUCCUUUAGCAUAUGUUUAAUAAAGAAACUGUGCCUCUCUUUUGUCUUGUUACAGAACAUCCUAAUAGACGCCUGUGUGUUGGACUCGGACUCAGGUCUCCUCCAACAGGCAAGUUUUGAUUGCUUUAUCAUAUAGAUGUGCACAAACAUUUUCAGAAGGUUCACCAUUUUCUAUUGUAUUUGUCUUAACAGGCCUGUGACAUAACUGGAGGAUUGUACUUGAAGAUACCACAGAAGAGUGCCUUGGCACAAUAUCUUCUGGUGAGGAUUAAAAUGAUAUGAGAUAAAGAUUGAUUAGCUUUUAUCUCUUAUAUGUGUUGUGUGAUAUUGGUUACAUUCUCUUUUACCUGUAGUGGGUAUUCCUGCCAGACUCUGACCAACGCUCCCAACUGGUGCUGCCACCUCCUGUCCAUGUGGAUUACAGAGCAGCAUGCUUUUGCCACAGAAACCUCAUUGAGAUUGGUUAUGUCUGCUCAGUGUGUUUGUCAAGUGAGUUAUAUUUUGUUUUCUCAUUGUAUAAAAGUCAUGAACAUUUGCAGUUGUAUUAUUGAUUGAAGUCCUAAUGAACAAACCCUAUUCUCUUGAAGUAUUCUGCAACUUCAGUCCGAUCUGCACAACGUGCGAGUGAGUACUACAGACCUUUACUCUUGUUGUAAUAUAUUUUAGGGGAAGUAGAAACAGGUGGUAAUUGUUUUUGUGCAAAUGUGUUUAGUCGUCUUUAAAUGCCUUUUCCUUGUAGGACUGCCUUCAAAAUUCCAUUGCCCCAGGUGGUGAAGUCAAAGAAGAAGAAACUCAAGGCCUCAACGUGACAUGCAAAUUAAUACUGUACAUGGAAAUGUGUAAUUGGAAAGUUUUAUUUAAAGAUUACCAAGGGUUUCUUUUGGUCAGGUAUUAAUGUAUGAUCACCCUCCUUGGUAAACCGCAGGUUAUGUCAAGCGGAAAUAUUGGUUUAGGCCGGGGAUGGUCACUCUAAUACACAGGGGGCUUGAGUGGGUGCAGGUUUUUGUUUCAGGCAAGCAGUAACACACCUGAUUGAAGUAAUUAAAGUAAAAAAGGAACAAAAGCCUGCACCGCACCACACCACUACAACAGAUUUGGCCACCCAUGGUUUAGGAAGAGCUAAUGCUGCAUUCAUGACAUGUCGGAACUAGGAAACUCAGAAAUGUUUGACUUGGAAACGAUGAUACCCGAGUUUCCCACUCGGGACCGUAUCAGAAUCAACCAAUGGGAAGCUCUACACAAAUAACUUAGGUACAUUUUUACUCUGAGGUUCAGAGUUUCCGUCAUGAAUCCAGCAUAUGGCUCUGGGUUUAUGAUCACAAAAGAUAAUGUGACAUUUUUUUAAACAAAUUGUAGCCAUCUCACCAUUUGUACAUGCAUGUUUUUGAUACUUUUAAAUACAGAAUUUGUUAAUAAACCUGGCCUAAUAUUCCUUAAUAUGAAUUCCUAUACAUUUUUGCAUCCGCUCAUACCAACA